AUGGCGUCUCCAAACAUCAUCUUGCCCGAGAAAGGCAAGAAUAAUAUCUUGAUUACCAGUGCCUUACCAUAUGUGAACAAUGUUCCUCAUCUUGGAAAUAUUGUUGGCAGUGUACUCAGCGCCGACGUGUUUUCCCGCUACAGCAAGCUGAGAGACCGCCCCACUCUCUACAUUUGCGGUACUGAUGAAUAUGGUACUGCUACGGAAGUCAAGGCUUUAGAGACAAAGCAAACUCCCAAGGAACUUUGUGAUGAAUUCCACAAAAAACAUAAGGAUGUUUACGACUGGUUUGAGAUUGGGUUCGAUUACUUCGGAAGGACGACCACGGAUCAACAGACAGUCAUCGCACAAGAUAUUUUCAUGAAACUUCAUAAGAAUGGGUAUUUGGAGGAGCGCACGACUACACAACCUUACUGCGAAGCGCAUAAAUCAUUCCUCGCAGAUCGUUUUGUGGAGGGUACUUGUCCUAAGUGUCAAUACGAUGAUGCAAGAGGUGAUCAAUGCGAUAAAUGUGGUAGUCUUCUAGAUGCUUUGGAGCUUAUCAACCCUGUAUGCAAGGUCGAUGGUGCUACUCCGGUUCCUCGCGAGACGAAGCACAUCUUUUUACUCCUCGACAAAGCCCAACCUGCGAUUGAGGAGUGGUUUAAUAAAUCGAGUGAAGAAGGAGGAUGGCCAAAGAAUGGUAUCAGUAUCACGAAUUCAUGGCUCAAGCAGGGAUUGCAAGGACGAAGUAUUACUAGAGACUUGAAAUGGGGGACACCAAUUCCUUUGCCAGGUUUUGAGGAAAAGGUUCUUUACGUUUGGUUCGAUGCUUGUAUUGGAUACCCAUCGAUUACCGCAAAUUAUACAAAGGAUUGGGAGCUGUGGUGGCGCAAUCCUGAGAACGUCAAGCUCUACCAAUUCAUGGGCAAGGAUAAUGUGCCAUUCCAUACUGUCAUUUUCCCUGGGUCUCAAUUGGGUACUGGAGAUAAAUGGACUAAACUCAACCAUCUCUCUACAACUGAAUACCUAAACUAUGAGAAUGGCAAAUUCUCCAAAUCGAGAGGUGUAGGUGUUUUUGGUGACACUGCAAAGGAUACUGGUGUUCCACCAUCCGUAUGGAGAUAUUACCUAUUGUCGAAUCGACCUGAAACAGCAGAUUCGCAAUUUGAGUGGUCAAACUUUAUUCAACUGAACAACUCUGUUUUGCUCAAUAAUUUGGGUAAUUUUGUCAACAGAGUCAUCAAAUUUGUCAAUGCAAAGAUGGACGGAGUGAUCCCAGAAUUUUCUCCAGAAUACAAGGAUGAAUCGUUCGAUUUCCCUGCUUUCAUUGAAGAGAUCAAUGUACAGUUGAAAGAUUACAACAAUGAUAUGGAAGCUGUCAAGAUUCGUGCCGGUUUAGAUCAAGUCAUGAAGAUCUCCACAAGCGGAAACAACCUUCUUCAAUACCGUUUAGACAACGCAAAUCUUGCCGAACAUCCCGAAAGGACUCACACAGUCAUUGGGCUCGCGCUCAAUCUCGCUUACCUCAUCGCAUCCAUCACCUCCCCCUUCAUGCCCUCUACCUCCGAAUCUAUCGUUGCUCAACUCUCCGCGCCACUCAUCUCCAUCCCAGAUAAAUGGAACCCAGCUGUUCUCAAGAGCGGCCAUAAGAUUGGCAAACCAGCAUACCUCUUCACGCGUAUUGACGAGAAGAAAGCCGAAGAAUGGAGGAAACAAUAUGGAGGGACUCAGGCCUCGAGAUUAGCGGAAGAAGAAGCUCAGGCAAAGAAGAAGGCGGAUAAGGCGAGAGACAAGGAAAGGAAGAAGGCUAAGAAGGAAGCAGAGAAAGCGGCCAAGGCUGCUGGAGGAGCAGAGGCUAAGCCUGAGGCUCAGGCACCAGCUGCUGGUGUUGAGACGGAGAUUCCAUUGAGAGGAAAGGUUGCAGAAGAAGAGGCUCCACCUUCUGCUGCUGCACCAUAA